AUGGGCAAGGUCAAGUACUACGCGGUCCGCAAGGGGCACCGUACAGGCGUGUAUGGCAGCUGGGAGGAAGCUAAGGUCCAGGUGGACGGGUACCCAGGGGCCAUCUACAAAUCUUUCCCCAGCCGCGCCGACGCCGAGGCCUUCGCGUUUGGUAGCGCCGCCGGGGCCGCCGGUGGCGGCGGCUUCGCGGGCGCUGCUGUCCAACGAGGUGCACAGGGCGCACAAGCAGCGCCAGCUGGCGGCGGCGGCGGCGGCGGCGGCGGCGGCGGCAAGUACUACGCAGUGAAGCGCGGCCGGCAGACUGGCGUGUUCCGUGGCAACUGGGCGGUUGUGCAGCGGUUGGUGGUCGGGGUUCCAGGGGCGGUAUACAAGGGGUUCAACUCUGAAGCAGAGGCGCUGGCAUGGAUGCAGGCAGGCGCCACCAGCAUGCAGGCACGGCCACAGCCUCCGCAGCAGCCUCAGCCUCAGCCUCAGCAGCAGCAGCAGCACCAGCAGCACCAGCAGCCACAGCAGGAGAGUCGGGGCGUCAAGCGGAGCUGGGACGAAGAGCAGUGGCAGGACGAAGGUGCCCCUCAGGGGCCACCGCCGGCGCAACGACCUGGCACCAUCGUGGCCGGGGCGCCGCCACACCAUCAGCCGCAGCAGCAGCCCCUUCUUCAGGGUUCAAUUGAAGAGUGGGAGGAGGGCGCGGCGCUGGGCCAGCAGCAGCAGCAGCAGCAGCAGCAGCAGCAGCAGGAAGAGGAGGGGCUGGAAGAGGCGCUGUCUGUGACUGUGUAUUUCGACGGCGCCUCCCGCGGCAACCCCGGUUACGCCGGCUACGGUUACGUCCUGGUUGACAGGCUGACUAACGACAAGGUGUACAGCGGGUGCCGCUCCCUGCCCCACGGCACCACCAACAACCAAGCCGAGUACGAGGGGCUGAUCGCGGGGCUGGAGCGCGCGCGCCGCCUCAACGCAUCACACGUUGUGGCGAAGGGCGACAGCCAGCUCGUGGUCAGACAGGUCAACGGGGAGUACCGCUGCAAGGAGCCGCGGCUGAUGCCGCUGCUGAGGGAGGCGCAACGCCUCAAGGGCUGGUUCGAGUCGGCAGAGGUCUCCCACAUUUACAGGGAGGACAACGCCGCUGCGGACGAGCUGGCCAACCUGUCUGUCGAUGUGGGGAUGGCGGUGGAACGCAUCGGCACGCUGUCCGAGGCCGGCCGCGCGGGCGACAGGGCGGCGGUAGUGGCGACGCUGGCUGAGGCCAUGCAGGUGGACGAGGAGAGCGGCUACCCUGAGCAGCUGCGGUCUGCACCCCGCCUGCUGGAAGCUGCCGCGGAGCUGCUGGGGCGGAUGAUGGAUGGCACUGCUGCCGAGGAGAUGGAGCAGCAGAUGCGGGAUGCGGGGUGGGACGAUAGCACGGGUGAGCAGUGUGUGUGA